CUCUCUCUCUCUCCAUUCCCUAAUCUCUCCAUUCCCUCCCGAUCUCUUCUCCAUCUCUCUCAUUCUCCUCCCUCUCUCUCCAAUGCAUCAGCCGUGAAGAAACACGCCGUGAAGCUCCUCUUUUAUCUCUCUCCAUUGCAAAGGGACGGAGAUGGAUUCACGAUGAUGUUUGCGUGGAUGGGUUCGGCAAUCAUGGGCUGCAAAUGUGGUCUCUGGAGAUGAGAGACAGAGAAGACGAGGGUUUGGGUUGCACUAAAUCUUCCGGAAACAAUGGCUGUCAGCAAAGUCAGGGGAGUUUUUUUAUUUUCUCGACAGGGGGUGAUGCUGGUCGUGGACCCUGGUGGAUUCAGGCAGUGCUAGUAUAUUCCGGUACUGCAGAUGAAGAUGAUGGUGAUGAACCACCUCUGAAUUUGUCGAGGCAAGUGCAAGUGAAUGUUUUGGCACAAGAGGUUGGAGAAAAAGAGAGAUCUCUUUAUGAUUCUUACACUUAUGAUGUUCCUACAUCGUCAUUAUCUCAUAUUAUCCAAAUGAGAACCAGGAAUGUUAUCUUCAACUAUAGGUACUAUAACAACACACGGCAGAAAACUGAAGGUAGCCCUUCUCUUUUGCCAUGAUUUCACUUUUAUGAGAUAUUUGUUUUCAUCUUUCUCAAUCUUUUGUUGUUUUUCCUUUGAAGUGGUUAUUUUCUUUUAGUCUUAUCUAGUGAAGAUUUUGCUUGAUGAAUAUUUUUGUUGUUGUCAUAUUGAUAUUGUUUCCAUGAACAUGUGCAAAAUAAAAGUGUGUUUUUCUUAUUCUUCUUUCUCUUUUUUUAUUCCUCGCUUUACUUUCAUUAAUUUUUCUUUUCUCCUUUCUUCCUUUUCUCUAAAAGGUCAAAGCUAAAAACCUUUUCCAAUACUGAGGUAAGUUUGAAGUUUGAAAUUCUAGGGUUUCUUUGUCAGAGGAUGUUGUACUUGAGGGAUAUAUUUUGAACAUGGGAUAGGUGUAGUUCAAUCAUUUUCUAUUAUAUUGUGAAGUACAUAACCUAUAGGGCUCUUCAGUGUAACUACAAAUUUCAGAACCUUGAUUUGUAUUGAAGAUUGUAACAAGGGUUUUCAGGAAUACUAUGAGUCCUAAAGUGGGAAAAGUUGUCUAUGACCCCAAAAGAUGGUAGAUGCCCCUCAUUCGACAGAGACAUUACUUCAUGAAUUCAUAAUGUGGUUCUUCAUCAUGGAAAUUGUAGAGUAUUAGUUUUCAUGCCGCAAUUGUCCUUGCGGGCCAAUGUGAUCCAGGAUUGAAUUGAUCAGUCUUUAUGGCCAUAACUUGAAAGGGGGAAUUCUUUGGUGUCAUUUUUUGUUCCUAUUACGAUAAAUCAUUUUAUAUUGCUAUGAGUAUGAAGUAAUUUUUUAUUCUCACUCUAAAAAGCUUCUUUCUUCUGAUCUCAUGUAUUUUUUUGAAGAAACAGUUACCGAAGAUUUCACCUGUACAACAUUGGUGCAGUUAUCUUGCUCUGGGCACCUGUAGUCUUGGUAUGUCUCAUUGUCCUUCAAUAAUUUAAUAUAUCGAGAUUUCUUUCCCAUCAUCAUUUACAUUUUUCUUCUUAAUCGAUACUUGGAAGUUAAUAUAAUCAUUUACUCUGUUUUACAAUCUUUAAAAUCUUUAUAUGUAAAUCUGUGCCCAUAUGCAUUGUCGGAGAAACUAAAAAACUUACUCAUUCUCAGAUUGUAUUGUGGAAUAUGCAUCCAUUAUUCAAAGAAAGGGUGACAUUCCAAGCACUCACACUUUCUCUCCUCGUUAGCUAAAUUGGUGAGUCUUCUUUCCUUCAUAAUAUAUGAUUCAUUGAUGAAGUGGCCUGGCCAUUUGGACAGGCCCAUGUUUAUAUAUUAUCUCGAAAUUGAUGAAGUAGAUCCGGAUGUGCGUCGGAGCUAUCCGGAUGUUGAGUGGGGGUCCCUGGAAGGUGGGAAUCGCUGUUAUGACUAUGAUGAAACUGUCCAUUUCCUAUGGACAACAUUGGAGGGGCCUAGCCAUUUGGACAGGCCGUAUUUAUAUCUGUAUUUGCAGGAACCACACCCUUAACCUAAACCACACCCUAAACCUAUAACCUAAACCUAAACCUUAACCUAUAACCUAAACUUUAACCUAUAACCUAUAACCUAAACCUAAACCUAUAACCUAUAACCUAACCUAAACCUAAACCUGUAACCUAAACCUAUAACCUAUAACCUAAACCCGAU